AUUUCCUUCCUCCUACCAGGAGAGGAGAAGCGCGGUGGCACCGAGGAAAAACUUCACUUCCUUUUUAAAGGAACUGAAUUUUUCUGUUUCUUUGAAGAAAUUUUUAGUUCUUUUUCGAAUUCCUGAGAAUUUGGAAAGGAUGAAUCGAAUCCUAGUUGCUGUAGUGUCAGUGUUGCUGUUCUGUUCGUGGGUACCGAACUCUCACGGUCUCAAGAAACCAGUGACGGUAGCGAGGAAGGAAGACGUACCCUACAUCAAAUGCCAAGUAUGUGAGAAGCUUGCAUCACAGUUGCACCAGCAAGUGCAGAAGAAGCAGACCCAGAUCGGUCCCACGAAGAUCUCCGAGUUUCAAAUCAUUGAGAUUGCGGAGAAUGUUUGUAAUUUGAAGAAGGAGGAAGCGGAUUGGAUAUUGCGGAUUGAUAUAGUAGAGCAAAGAGAUAAGUUGGAGUUGGUGGAACAGGAUGUUGAAGGACAAUGCAAUUCAGAAUGCAAGACAAUUGAAAGAGCUUGUCAGGAGGUUAUAGGAUACUCUGAUACUGAUGUUGCUGAGUAUAUGUAUACAUCCAAGCCUGAUAUCGAGUCACUGAUAAAUUACCUAUGUAAGGACCUGACUGAGGCAUGCCGUACCAAGCCUCCUCCAGUCCCAAAGGAUAGAACCCCAGGAGAACCUUUUGAGCCCAAACCAUCCAAGGAUGCCGAAAUGGAAAAGAUUUUAAGGUCCAUGGAGGGUAUGCCAGGAGCUCCCAACAUGAAGAUGUACUCGAGGGACGAGUUGAUGAACAUGAAAAAUGUCGGUGAAGAUGCUGAUGAAGAUGAAGAUGAGGAUGAUGAGGAGGCACCAUUUUCCUCAAAAUUGGGAAAUCUUUUGAGAGAGAAAGAAAGUGCAAAAAGCAAUUGGAAGCAGAAGAUCACCAAAGGCAUUGCCCAUGCUGGGGAGGCAUUAAAGAAACAUGCAAACAAGGUCUCCUACCGGAUUCAUAAGUGGUGGAAAGGAUUUAAAGCUGCACGUUCAGGGAAUGCUAAGGGCAGCAAGCCAGAGCUUUAAGACAAUUCAAAAUGCUCGUCUGGAGAAAAUUUCAAAUUUCAAAAGGUUUGCAGUUUUGUUUCACUGCAUUAACAUGCUCUGCUAGCUAUAGCCAUUUACCAUAGAAGAGUUUGAUUGAGUAAAAACCUGAGGAAUUGAAGCUCCUCCUUAGAAACUUCUUAGUAUCUUACCCAUCUUUGGGAAUUUUUGAAGAUUACUUUGCAGAGUUGCUAUAUUGCUGAAUAUUGUACCGUAUCCCUCAGGAGAGUUAAAAAAAAAAAAAAUCUCUAUUCUUGAAUUUUCUCUUUUUCUUGAUGGUACUGAUUUGUAUGUUAUAUAACCUUUUUUCAUUUUUGAUCUUUAGUU